UUCUUGCAGUAUAAUGGCAGCGAAGAUGACAUGUUUGGGGACUAUGACAGCUUUUCUGGCAACACCUCUUUGUUAGCAGAAGUAGAUGUCAUAGAGCAAAGGUCUGCGCAAUCUCCUGACUUUGUUUUGGAUUCUGAAAGCCUAGAGAGCAGAACUGCUGUCCGGCUACAGAGUGACGCGAGUGUAGAACGGACAUUUUCAUUUGCAGAAUGUAUUAAUAGCUUUAGAAGUGGAGCACAACAUGAUUUCUUGAGCUCUGCGAAAGAACAGCGUGAGAGCCCUCUAAAGCCUACAGAUGAGGACGAGGUUCUAGAGUGCCUCCCAUCAUCACAGCUUUUAUUUCUUAAACAGUCCGAUGAAUGUUUUGCUGGCCACGACACGGCAGCAUGUGUAAAACAAGGAGACGAUCAUGUGAAUGGCUGCCCUGACAAGACCACAAAUCAGUCUUACAAGACAGAACAUAAUAAAAAAGAUAAUGAACCAUCUACAAGUGCUUUGUCUGACCCGACCAGAAGAAAGAGUCUCAAAGAUCUUCUCAAAAGUGCAAUGGCUGGGAAUGCCAGAGCUACAGCUCCGUUGGUCUCUAAAAGUAAAGAGCUCAAGGCGGCUGUUGUAGCCGAAGAGACUGAUCUUGCUCAGGAAACAACCGAUGCUUCAUUCGUUGAUAUUGGUCCCUUUUACGGCUUACCCACCAAAGUCAAGGAGCUACUGGUAAAGUGGCGAGGAAUUGAAAACCUUUAUGAUUGGCAGCAUGAUUGUUUAACAUUAGAAUCACUGAAACAGAGAAAAAAUUUAAUAUACUCCUUACCGACUAGUGGAGGAAAAACACUUGUAGCUGAAAUUUUAAUUCUUCAAGAAUUGCUGUGCAGGAGAAUGGACGUAUUAAUGAUCCUUCCUUAUGUGGCCAUCGUUCAGGAGAAGGUUGGAAAUUUAUCAGCUUUUGGAAUGGAACUGGGUUUUCUAGUUGAAGAAUAUGCAGGAAGUAAAGGAAAAAUUCCCCCAAUCAAAAGAAGGCUGAAGAAAUCCCUGUAUGUUUCUACUAUUGAGAAAGGACACAGCUUGGUGAAUUCCUUGAUAGAAACAGGACGGAUCAAUGAUUUGGGGCUAGUUGUUGUGGAUGAGUUGCACAUGAUUGGAGAAGGAAGUCGUGGAGCUUUUCUAGAAAUGACACUUGCAAAGAUCAUCUACACAAGUAAGACUACUCAGAUCAUUGGAAUGAGUGCAACUUUAAGCAAUGUUGGAGACCUGCAGCAGUUUUUGAAAGCAGAAUACUACACCAGUAAUUUCAGACCAGUAGAAUUAAAAGAAUAUGUUAAAAUACGAGACAGUAUCUAUGAAGUUGAUAGCACUGCAGAAAAUGGUUUUACAUUUUCACGUCUCCUUGAAUACAAGUAUUCUAGUAAUCUGCAGAAGGUUGACCCAGACCACCUUAUUGCCUUGGCUACAGAAGUCAUUCCAAAGUACUCCUGCCUCGUCUUUUGCCCCACUAAAAAGAACUGUGAAAAUGUAGCCGAAACAAUAUGCAAAUACUUGAAGAGAGAUUAUAAAACCCUCAGGGAGAGAGAAAAACGGGACCUGAUUGAAGACUUAACUAACAUUUGCAAUGGAAGACUUUGUCCAGUCCUGAAGCGAACAAUUCCUUUUGGAAUCGCCUAUCACCACAGUGGCCUUACCAACGAUGAAAGAAAACGAAUUGAAGAAGCGUAUUCCUCUGGCAUUCUCUGUCUCCUGACUUGCACCUCUACCCUUGCCGCUGGAGUUAACCUGCCAGCUCGAAGGGUCAUUGUAAGAGCUCCGUAUAUUGCUACAGAAUUCAUGAAGAAGAAUCAGUAUAAGCAGAUGAUUGGCAGAGCCGGUCGGGCUGGUAUUGACAGCGCUGGCGAAAGCAUUCUUAUAGCGCAAGAGAAAGACAAACAGCUGGUUCGAAACUUAGUACACAGCCCUUUAGAAAGCUGCUACAGCAACCUCUUGCUUGAGUGCAACAGAGGAAUCCGAAGCCUGAUCCUGUCUUUAGUUGGCUUGAAGAUAGCAACAAGCCCUGAAGAGGUUUACUACUUUAUGGGCAGUACUUUGUUUAGUGUCCAGCCCCAGCUUCUCCCUAAAGAAAAGAGCCUGUGGGACAUAACUGUGGAAGCGUUACAGUGGUUGAAACAAAACGGGCUCCUGAAAGAAAGAGCAAAGAGUGAGAGUGAACACCGUUUGCAGUAUAAUCUAGAGAUAACUCACUUGGGCCAAGCCACUUACAAAGGUUCUGUCAAUCUGGCAUAUUGUGAUACACUCUAUGCAGACCUUAAGAAAGGCCUCGAGGGGCUCAUCCUUGAAAGCUGCCUUCAUUUAUUGUACCUGACAACACCAUAUGAUAUGGUUUCCCAAUGUAACCCAGACUGGAUGAUCUAUUUUAAACAGUAUAAUCAACUAACUCCAAUAGAGCAGCAAGUAGCAGCCACCGUUGGAGUGCCAGAGAGCUUUAUAACUAAAAAGGCUUCUGGACAAGCCAUCAAGAAGGACGUGGAUAGCGGCACCGUCGGUAAACUAUACCUGUCGCUCGUUCUUCAUGCUCUGUUAAAAGAGACCAACAUAUGGAGCGUGGCAGAAAAAUUUAACACAUCACGUGGAUUUGUUCAAACUCUCCUGAAUUCGUCUGCUUCGUUCUCCUCCUCAGUUCUGCAUUUCUGUGAGGAACUGGAUGAAUUUUGGGUUUAUAAAGCUCUCUUCGCAGAACUUAGCAAGAAAUUGACCUAUUGUGUUAAGGCGGAGCUCAUUCCUCUUAUGGAAGUGGCAGGUGUUUUGGAGGCCCGAGCCAAGCAACUCUACAACGCAGGGUAUAAAACUGUAGCACACUUGGCGAACGCAAAUCCAGAAGCUCUGGUGGAGACUAUCGAGCAUCUGUCCAGACGUCAGGCUCGACAAAUAGUUUCUUCUGCAAAGAUGCUUCUGGCUGAAAAGGCAGAGGCUUUACAAGAAGAGGCCGAAGAACUGCUGCGAAUACCUACAGACAUUCCUUGAAGCUUCCUGAUCGCUCCUCAGUAUGAAUGUGGAAAUCAGACAAUU